AAUCUAAGACCGUACAUCCUUUAUCUUUCUAUACUCGUACAACUCUCUAAUACCUUUCAACCGUCAUAAUUAAAAAAAAACACCGACAUGGCUUCUUCCGGUGAGACAUUCUACCUACGAUACUAUUCAGGCCACUCGGGUCGUUUCGGUCAUGAAUUUCUCGAGUUCGACUUCAGAGUAGUAGGAGACGGUCGAAGCGCGGUAGCUCGAUACGCGAACAACUCCAACUACCGAAAUGACAGUCUGAUCCGAAAAGAGAGUAUGUCAGCACCUAUCUCUUAUUAUACAUUCCACGAACGAGUUGCUCUUUCUCUCUCCCGCGGGGCAACCAACCCGAAGCAGCGAGAAGAUAUUGGGCUAACGAUGAAUACAGUGUGCGUCAGUUCAAUAGUGGUGGAUGAGAUCAAGCGCAUUGUCAAGUCGAGCGAGAUCAUGAAGGAAGACGAUGCCAAAUGGCCGCAGAAGAACAAGGAUGGCAGGCAGGAGUUGGAGAUUCGCAUGGGCAAUGAUCACAUAUCAUUCGAGACAGCCAAGAUUGGUUCCCUAAUCGAUGUGACGGAAUCAGCAGAUCCCGAAGGCUUAAGGGUAUUCUACUACCUAGUACAGGACUUAAAGGCUCUCGUAUUCAGCUUGACAUCACUUCAUUUUAAGAUCAAGCCCAUCUCUUGAAGGGCUAAGACGGAUAUGGCGCACAGGUGCGAGCUUAUGAUCAUCAUUAUGUAUACAUAGAGUAGUACGACAUUUCCCUCCGAACCCCUUAACAAUAUACCCCCUUACCGCGAAGUUGUGAAAUGCUGCACUAUUCCUGUCUGUCGUGAACAUGAUGUGAUGCCUCCCGUUAAAAAGGAGAACGAGACCAGGACCCAGACCUCUGCGCUGGGCUA